UCAGUAUUGAAAUUUCUCAGUGAACUGCGACUUUUCUGAAAUUAAUUGUAACUGCAAAACAAUCCCAAAGAAAUGUGACAAUAUUAAUAAAGGGUGUAGGAUUAAUUUCGAUUAUCAAAUUCAAGGAUAAAACUUGUUUGGAAACCUUUCUUCUGCGAGUUCAUCCCAAGGGACUAGUAUCCAGCAGAAUAAAAAAUAAGAGUCAACAGAGCGGUUUUUGCCGAUGACAGAGGAGAGAGCAACGAUGGAGAAUCCGCCGCAGGAGGCGGCAAAGGAGCCCCCAGAGGAACUGGGGACGGCGGAAGCAAAGACAGUCGCGGUGGGAAUGAGGAAGGGUAGUCGAAAGCGAAAGCGUCAACAGGCCAAUAUGAACAAAUGGGUUUUUAAGCGGCAAAAAUGUCAGCAGGCCAAUCAGGAGAAUUGUCAUCAGAACAGGAAGCAUUUUCAGAAGAAGAACCGACGACUUCAGGUUUUUCCCACGCUAUCAAAAUUUUUUCUGCCCGACAAACGACCAAGGAAGGAACUAAUUGUGCCACCGACAAAAUUUCUUUUGGGUGGAAAUAUUUCUGAUCCUCUAAAUCUGAACAGUUUGCAGAAUGAGGCCAUUCAUGCCAGUAUGAAUGCAGCAACACCCAAAUCCUCCCCAAUGACCACUCCGCCCAAAGUGGAAGUGAUCAUUCCGCCAAAUAUCCGGGAUCCAUUGCAUCUGCUCGAUCCGGUGGAUUCCAUUGAGUAUGAGAAACAAUUGAUCUCGCCCAUGAAGCGACGCUCUAAGCAUCGCAAUAGGAAGAAGAAGAAGGUGAAUAAGAGAGAAUCUGUGGGGGCGAGUGCUGAAGAAGAGAGACCAGCAGCUGUUGCUGUAGCAGCCAAGGAGGAAGUGCCAGAGCGUCAGGCUGAGGAAGUGGUUUCGGGUGAUGAACAGAGACGGACAAGUGAGAGGGAAAAAGUUGUGCGUGAGUUGAAACUCGAUCUCAGCGGUGAAGGAGGAGCAGGAGGAAGUGGCAGGAAGAGGAGAAUAAGUGAGGGUCCGGGAAAUGGUGGAGGGGGAAAGCCAAAAUUGCGACGGAUGGAUUCAAUGGAUAAAAUUGUGAGUCCGGUGAUUCCACAGCCGGGAGCUUGGAAACGACCACCGAGACCCAUUCCGUCGGGGCCACAGGGUGCUGCUGGGAGGAAUCGGACCCGGACACAUUCGCAAUCAACACAGGCUGAUGAUUCAGACUCACACAUUCAGAGUCCUCUGGAGGAGCAAAAGGAUCUACCGAGGGAGGAGCAAGAAGUCAAAGAGAAGACACCAGAAUCCACGGAGAAAGUUCAGGAGGAGGACCCAGAGGCCAAAGAUGCCCCAGUCGAGGAGAAAAAGCCCAGAUUCAAGGGGAAAGAUGAGAAAUUUCAGUACGGGAAUUACGAUCGUUACUACGGCUACAGAAAUCUCAAUGAGAUGAUGGACGUUCGACUGAAGGUUUUCACGAGGCAUGCUUUCCUGUUUCAGAAGAAGGAUGUCCUGGAUAUUGGAUGCAAUGUGGGACAUCUGACAAUUGCCGUGGCCAAGAAUCUCAAUCCAAAAUCCGUGAUGGGGAUUGAUAUUGAUGCAAAAUUGAUUGAGAGAGCACGAAAGAAUCUUUCGCUCUACGUGAGGAUUCCACGGAGUCCGAAGCAAGCCAUAGAGACAAAAACCACCUCCCAGGAAGGAGGAAAGGACGAAGAACCAACGGCAGAAACUUCUACAGUGACAGAUAAAGAAGCCGAAGAAAAAAAACCAGAAAAGUGGACCAGAAAGAGAAUGAGAUAUCAUGAAAAUCGUCAGAAGAAAGCAGAUUUCUUUCCAAGCUCCUUUCCACUCUGCUACGGCAUUGUGCCGGAAUUGAAUGUCAAUCCGACUGAUCAAAAGGACGAUGAAGUAUACCCAAAGUUUCCCCGCAAUGUCUUCUUUCGCACCUUGAACUAUGUACUCAAGGAUGAAAGUCUCCUGGGAGCUGACACUCAACAGUACGAUUUGAUAAUGUGCUUGAGUGUCACAAAGUGGAUUCAUCUGAAUUUUGGCGAUACUGGUCUCAAAAUUGCCUUCAAGAGGAUGUUCAGUCAAUUGAGACCAGGAGGAAAGUUGAUUCUUGAAGCACAAAAUUGGGCCAGUUACAAGAAAAAGAAGCGACUCACGGAAACCAUCUUCAACAACUACAAGAGUAUUGAGUUUUUUCCCAAUAAGUUUCAUGAGUAUCUUCUGAGUCCUGAAGUAGGAUUCAGCCAUAGCUACGCCUUGGGAGUUCCAAGGCAUCUAAGCAAAGGAUUUCGACGUCCUAUUCAGUUGUAUGUUAAGGGCGACUUCACGCCUAGUCAAGUGAGAUGGAGCGAUGCCCAUCAUCCUCAGACACCCUACACUCCCUACCGUGGAAUCUAUGCGGAGAUGAUGCUGCCACCGCCAAAGCUCAAUUCAGUUUACGGCCCUGAAAGUACGCCGUAUGCUAAUUGUGGCAGCUACAGCUACCGCUACACUCCCUCCCAGAGCAUCUCCUCCACAUCGCAGUACUACAAUCCGCUGGAGACGGACAGCUAUCUGCCCAGCUAUGACUCUGAGGUGCCCGGACGUAGGUAUUGCUUCGUUGCAUCUCCACUGUACACGGGCGUUUGGUCUCCACCGGCCAGUGGACGCAAUUCCACCUCACAGACGCCCAUCUACAGCAGUGGGAGCAACAGUGUCCGGGAUGGGGAUGGAGAGGAUAGCUAUGGGGGCUCUGGAAGGCGUCAUGUGUACCCACCAGGUAUGAGUACACGCAGCGUUAAUGAUGAAUGUGAGGGAGUUUCCGGCGAAAUUCAGCAUGUCUAUGCUAUCAAUGAGGAUGGCAAUAGCUGUGAUAACUCCUCGUCACCACAGAUCAACAAUCCAGGAUCGGAUCCGGAAAAUGAAGAAUCCCAACCGGCAUUCACGAGCCAAUCGCCACAGCAGUGAAUUCAUCAAAAGGGGGGAAUCGGAGAUGUCGAUAUGUGCAUCUUGUACAAAUUUUCUAGCCAGAGAGAGAGAGAGUAGUUUAUCCUCUUUUCCACCUUCCUGCUCUAUAAAAAAAAUUUUGUAGACAUUUUACCUCCAGCAUUUUACUCGGCAUAUGCAAGCAUUUUACGCUAGAAACAAUGUGGACAGAAGUUUCAGUGCUGAAAAUAAAAGCUUUCCCAGCUUCAUAGAAA